AAGAAGGCUUUGCAGCUAGCGGUUAGCGGUGGUCAACAUGCCGACUGUCAGUGUCAAAAGGGAUCUUCUGUUCCAUGCCUUGGGCAGAACAUACACUGAUGAAGAAUUUGAUGAGUUGUGUUUUGAGUUUGGACUGGAGCUUGAUGAGAUUACCUCAGAGAAGGACAUCAUCAGUCGUGAGCAGGGGGACACCAAGGCAGAGGGGGCAUCUGAUGUGAUUCUGUAUAAGAUUGAUGUCCCAGCUAACCGCUAUGACCUGCUGUGUCUGGAAGGACUGGUCAGGGGCCUGCAGGUCUUCAAGCAGAAGAUGGAAGCACCUCGCUACAGGCGUGUGAGUCCAGCCAACGGAGAGCCUCAGAGGCUGGUCAUCACAGAGGAGACGGCUGCUGUGCGACCCCACGCUGUGGCUGCAGUUUUGAGAAACAUCACCUUCACACUGGAACGCUACGACAGCUUUAUCGAACUACAGGAGAAACUCCAUCAGAACGUCUGUAGGAAAAGGACUCUGAUUGCCAUCGGCACCCAUGAUCUGGACACCAUUUCAGGCCCCUUCACCUACACAGCCAAACCACCUGGUGACAUCCGCUUCAAACCUCUCAACCAGGCAAAGGAGUACACCGCACAGGAACUCAUGAGCCUCUACAAGACAGACAGCCACUUGCGACACUAUCUGCACAUUAUUGAAGACAAGCCUGUAUAUCCUGUCAUCUAUGACAGCAACGGCAUUGUACUGUCUAUGCCUCCAAUCAUCAAUGGGGACCAUUCCAAAAUCUCCUUGAAUACAAAGAAUGUUUUUAUCGAGUGCACAGCCACUGAUCUUACCAAGGCAAAAAUCGUGUUGGACAUGAUGGUGACGAUGUUCUGCGAGUAUUGUGAGGAGCCUUUCACGGUAGAGGAGGCUGAGGUGGUGUACCCAGAUGGCAGGACCUGCCUGUAUCCGGAGCUGGCUUACAGGAAGGAGACUCUGUCAGCAGACUUCAUCAACCGCAAAGUUGGCAUCAGUGAGUCGACUGAGCACAUCGCCCAGCUGUUGACCAAGAUGUGCUUGCGCUCAGAGGUCACAAGCGACGGCGAACAGAUCGAGGUGGAGAUCCCGCCCACGCGCUCUGACGUCAUCCACGCCUGUGACAUCAUGGAGGACGCCGCCAUGGCGUACGGUUUCAACAAUAUUCCCCGCACCACGCCGCGCACCUAUACCGUAGCCAAUCAGCUCCCACUGAAUAAGCUGUCAGAGCUGCUGAGACAGGACCUGGCUGCUGCUGGAUUCACAGAGGCCCUCACCUUCGCCCUGUGUUCUCAGGAGGACAUAGCUGACAAGCUGUUGAAGAACAUCUCAGAGACCAGAGCAUGUCACAUCUCCAACCCCAAGACAGCUGAGUUCCAGGUGGCGCGCACCACCCUGCUGUCAGGCCUGCUGAAGACUGUUGCUGCCAACAGGAAGAUGCCUCUGCCUCUGAGGCUGUUUGAGAUUUCAGACGUGGUGCUCAAGGAUGAAACCAAAGAUGUGGGGGCCAGGAACAACCGUCGUCUGUGUGCUGUCUACUACAACAAGAGUCCUGGGUUUGAGGUGAUCCACGGCCUGAUGGACAGGGUCAUGCAGCUGCUGGAGGUCAAACCAGGCCAGGGCAAUGGCUACCACAUCCAGGCUGCCGACGAUUCCACCUUCUUCCCUGGUCGCUGUGCUGAGAUCUUUGCACGCGGGAAGAGCAUAGGACGCCUCGGGGUCCUUCACCCUAAUGUCAUCAACCACUUUGAGCUCACCAUGCCAUGCUCCGCCCUGGACAUCGACAUCGAGCCCUUCCUGUGAUGUCACAACCACACCCUGGGUGUGAUGUCACACCCAGACACACACCGAACUUGUAAGACCACCAAACUCAUCAACCAACACAGGUUAAUUUACUCAUGCUCAGUCCAUCCCAACACAGGUUAAUUUACUCAUGCUCAGUCCAUCCCAACACGGGUUCAUUUACUCAUGCUCAGUCCAUCCCAACACAGGUUCAUUUAGUCAUGCUCUGUCCAUCCCAACACGGGUUCAUUUAGUCAUGCUCUGUCCAUCCCAACACGGGUUCAUUUAGUCAUGCUCUGUCCAUCCCAACACGGGUUCAUUUAGUCAUGCUCUGUCCAUCCCAACACGGGUUCAUUUACUCAUGCUCAGUCCAUCCCAACACAGGUUCAUUUAGUCAUGCUCAGUCCAUCCCAACACGGGUUCAUUUAGUCAUGCUCUGUCCAUCCCAACACGGGUUCAUUUAGUCAUGCUCUGUCCAUCCCAACACAGGUUCAUUUAGUCAUGCUCUGUCCAUCCCAACACAGGUUAAUUUACUCAUGCUCAGUCCAUCCCAACACGGGUUCAUUUACUCAUGCUCAGUCCAUCCCAACACGGGUUCAUUUACUCAUGCUCAGUCCAUCCCAACACAGGUUCAUUUAGUCAUGCUCAGUCCAUCCCAACACGGGUUCAUUUACUCAUGCUCAGUCCAUCCCAACACAGGUUAAUUUACUCAUGCCCAGUCCAUCCCAACACGGGUUCAUUUACUCAUGCUCAGUCCAUCCCAACACAGGUUAAUUUACUCAUGCUCAGUCCAUCCCAACACAGGUUCAUUUAGUCAUGCUCAGUCCAUCCCAACACAGGUUCAUUUACUCAUGCUCAGUCCAUCCCAACACAGGUUCAUUUACUCAUGCCCAGUCCAUCCCAACACGGGUUCAUUUACUCAUGCUCAGUCCAUCCCAACACAGGUUCAUUUAGUCAUGCUCUGUCCAUCCCAACACGGGUUCAUUUAGUCAUGCUCUGUCCAUCCCAACACGGGUUCAUUUAGUCAUGCUCUGUCCAUCCCAACACGGGUUCAUUUAGUCAUGCUCUGUCCAUCCCAACACGGGUUCAUUUAGUCAUGCUCUGUCCAUCCCAACACGGGUUCAUUUACUCAUGCUCAGUCCAUCCCAACACAGGUUCAUUUAGUCAUGCUCAGUCCAUCCCAACACGGGUUCAUUUAGUCAUGCUCUGUCCAUCCCAACACGGGUUCAUUUAGUCAUGCUCUGUCCAUCCCAACACAGGUUCAUUUAGUCAUGCUCUGUCCAUCCCAACACAGGUUAAUUUACUCAUGCUCAGUCCAUCCCAACACGGGUUCAUUUACUCAUGCUCAGUCCAUCCCAACACGGGUUCAUUUACUCAUGCUCAGUCCAUCCCAACACAGGUUCAUUUAGUCAUGCUCAGUCCAUCCCAACACGGGUUCAUUUACUCAUGCUCAGUCCAUCCCAACACAGGUUAAUUUACUCAUGCCCAGUCCAUCCCAACACGGGUUCAUUUACUCAUGCUCAGUCCAUCCCAACACAGGUUCAUUUAGUCAUGCUCUGUCCAUCCCAACACAGGUUCAUUUACUCAUGCCCAGUCCAUCCCAACACGGGUUCAUUUACUCAUGCCCAGUCCAUCCCAACACGGGUUCAUUUACUCAUGCUCAGUCCAUCCCAACACGGGUUCAUUUACUCAUGCUCAGUCCAUCCCAACACGGGUUCAUUUACUCAUGCUCAGUCCAUCCCAACACGGGUUCAUUUACUCAUGCUCAGUCCAUCCCAACACGGGUUCAUUUACUCAUGCUCAGUCCAUCCCAACACGGGUUCAUUUACUCAUGCUCAGUCCAUCCCAACACAGGUUAAUUUACUCAUGCUCAGUCCAUCCCAACACAGGUUCAUUUAGUCAUGCUCAGUCCAUCCCAACACAGGUUCAUUUAGUCAUGCUCAGUCCAUCCCAACACAGGUUCAUUUACUCAUGCUCAGUCCAUCCCAACACAGGUUAAUUUACUCAUGCUCAGUCCAUCCCAACACGGGUUCAUUUAGUCAUGCUCUGUCCAUCCCAACACGGGUUCAUUUAGUCAUGCUCUGUCCAUCCCAACACGGGUUCAUUUAGUCAUGCUCUGUCCAUCCCAACACGGGUUCAUUUAGUCAUGCUCUGUCCAUCCCAACACGGGUUCAUUUACUCAUGCUCAGUCCAUCCCAACACGGGUUCAUUUAGUCAUGCUCAGUCCAUCCCAACACGGGUUCAUUUAGUCAUGCUCUGUCCAUCCCAACACGGGUUCAUUUAGUCAUGCUCUGUCCAUCCCAACACGGGUUCAUUUAGUCAUGCUCUGUCCAUCCCAACACGGGUUCAUUUAGUCAUGCUCUGUCCAUCCCAACACGGGUUCAUUUAGUCAUGCUCAGUCCAUCCCAACACGGGUUCAUUUAGUCAUGCUCAGUCCAUCCCAACACGGGUUCAUUUAGUCAUGCUCUGUCCAUCCCAACACGGGUUCAUUUAGUCAUGCUCUGUCCAUCCCAACACAGGUUCAUUUAGUCAUGCUCUGUCCAUCCCAACACAGGUUAAUUUACUCAUGCUCAGUCCAUCCCAACACGGGUUCAUUUACUCAUGCUCAGUCCAUCCCAACACGGGUUCAUUUACUCAUGCUCAGUCCAUCCCAACACAGGUUCAUUUAGUCAUGCUCAGUCCAUCCCAACACGGGUUCAUUUACUCAUGCUCAGUCCAUCCCAACACAGGUUAAUUUACUCAUGCCCAGUCCAUCCCAACACGGGUUCAUUUACUCAUGCUCAGUCCAUCCCAACACAGGUUCAUUUAGUCAUGCUCUGUCCAUCCCAACACAGGUUCAUUUACUCAUGCCCAGUCCAUCCCAACACGGGUUCAUUUACUCAUGCCCAGUCCAUCCCAACACGGGUUCAUUUACUCAUGCUCAGUCCAUCCCAACACGGGUUCAUUUACUCAUGCUCAGUCCAUCCCAACACGGGUUCAUUUACUCAUGCUCAGUCCAUCCCAACACGGGUUCAUUUACUCAUGCUCAGUCCAUCCCAACACGGGUUCAUUUACUCAUGCUCAGUCCAUCCCAACACGGGUUCAUUUACUCAUGCUCAGUCCAUCCCAACACGGGUUCAUUUACUCAUGCCCAGUCCAUCCCAACACAGGUGUUCCCAGCUCCAGCAGAGUACAGGCCCAACCCGCGUUUUCACGCAAAUCUCCCGUUGACAUCACAUUGAAAGCUUGAGAUGAGUAAAGUGCAAAAGUUAGGAUUCGGACCCAAAUUAAUUGUUCAGUUGAUAUCAUGCAUGGUAUUUCUGUUGGACAAAUGUACAUCAGUGUAUGAAGUAACCAUAGAAACUUUUGGCUGGUACAGUGCAUUCGGAAAGUAUUGACCCCUUGACCUUUUCCACAUUUUUGUUACAUUACAGCCUUAUUCUUA